AGUUCCUGGCAGCUAGCGGAAUCUUCCAAGAUGUCUCUGGACGCUCGAACGGGAUGCUUCGACUCAUGCACGCAGGCCAGCAUCGGGCAGGCGUUGACGUGGCGUUUGCUUCGCAACCUGGUGCUGGGUCAGGUACUGGCGGUGCUGGUAUGCGGUACGGCCGUGUCGUCUCAGUAUUUAAGCUCCGCCUACCAGGUGGACGCGCCUAUGCUUCAGAGUGCCAUCCACUAUGCACUCCUCUGCCUCGCCUACACACCGGCGCUGUUCUGCAUGAGAGGUCCGAGGAGUGUGUUCCAGAUGAGUCGUAAACGCUGGCUUCAGUACUUUCUGCUGGGCCUAGUGGACGUGGAGGCAAACUACAGCGUGGUCAAAGCCUACCAAUACACAACACUCACCAGCAUACAGCUUUUGGACUGCUUUGUGAUCCCGGUGGUGAUGAUCCUGUCCUGGUGGUUCCUGAAAACGCGCUACCGUCCCGUCCACUAUGUGUCCGUCUGCAUCUGUUUGCUGGGCGUCGGCGCCAUGGUGGGGGCGGACCUAUUGGCGGGUCGAGACCAGGGCUCCACCUCCAACAUUCUACUGGGUGACGGCCUGGUGCUGCUCAGUGCUGCCCUCUACGGCCUGUCCAACGUAUGGCAGGAGUACGCCGUCAAGAACCGAAGCCGUCUCGAGUUCCUGGGGAUGCUUGGGCUCUUUGGUUCCGUCAUAAGCGGCGUGCAAAUGAUGGCCCUGGAGUUUCAUCACGCUUCCGUCAUCCAGUGGAGCUGGCAAGUGGCUGUGCUGUUUGGGGCCUUUGCAUGUUGCAUGUUCACCUUGUACAGCCUGAUGCCCGUCAUCAUAGAGGACAGCAACGCCGCCGCCAUCAACCUCUCCAUGCUGACUGCUGACGUCUUCAGCAUCUUCUGCGGAAUCUUCAUCUUCCACUACAACUUCUCAGGUUUGUACGUGGUGUCCCUGGUGGUCAUCUUUGUUGGCUUCAUCACCUUUAAUGCCAUACCCAUCGCACCCGCCACUUCUGACAACGGUUGCCAUGACAACGCGGCAGACGAGCCAACAAAAAGGGAAGUCGAAUUGGCAGAAGAGGAGAAGAGCAAGAGCAUUCACGUUGUUGACUGCACUUCACUUUGAAACUUUUUUCCAUAUUUGUUACACAAAGCACAGCUGUUUGAAAUGCUCACUUAAAACCCCGGUCUUUGUGCAAAACCUUAAUUUUGGCUUUGCAUUUGUGUUUUUUUUUCCCCACAUCAUUUCUUUCAAUGUUUUAAUUGGCAAGACAAAUGGAAAACAAUUGGUCGAAAUCAUAGUUAAGUUUAUUGAUGAUUUCAUGAACAGAAAAUUGAAAUUUUACACUCAGCCUGAAAAUCUGACAAAAUUGUGUAAUUUGACCUUUAAAAAUGUGAUUAAAUAAAAAUAUGCAACUAAAACUUUGACAAGUUGUCCCAUACAAAUGACAAAUCCAUGCCCAAAGUAUUCAAUUAAAGGUUGCGAUAAGAAUGAUUAAAUAUUUGGAAUCUAAGGUGACUAAGGCAGCUUACUGCUCAAUAGCAAUAACAU